AUGAUGGAGACAGAAACGAGCCCCGGCCGCAUGGAGGUCGAGGGAGAGGCCGAUGCCGAUGCCGACAAGAGGUCCUUCAGAGACUUCUCCGCCGCGGCCGCUGACGGAGACGAGUCGAGGGAGCACGCCCGUCCCAGGAAGAGAACACGACGGGCCUGUGACAAGUGCUCUUCGUCGAGGACCCGGUGCGAUGGUGAAAACCCCUGUCGCCGCUGCGAAGACUACGGCUAUACCUGCCGCUACAACCGCGAGAUCAAGAAGCGUGGCCGUGCUCCUACCACCUCCUUGGGAAACCAUGCGGCUCGCUCGGAUUCAACCGGCUCGACCACCCCCAGCGCCAAGGUCAAGCGCCAAUCCUUGGGCGCAAUAUCGCCUUCGCCUCCGGUGGCAUCGCCGGAUACAAGCCUGCCACCGCUGCACUUUCCCCAGUCUAACGAGCGUUAUAGGGACAGCAUCAGCCUGUCCUCUGCUCACCCGCAACGUCCCUCCUACGACGAUGGCCGCGCCUCCAUCUCACACAUUGUCAUCCAGCCGUCCCCUGCCCCCGUGCAGUCCCCCUCCUACCUGUCGUCGCCCGCCUACAGCAACACCCACACCCAGAUACAGCUGUCCUCCCUCCUAGAGCCCAGCGCCGAAUCGCCAGUCCUCAAGAAGACCCAUGAGAGCCCGCCCCAGAUGUCUGCACAUGCUGGGCGCACCAGCGACCCAGAGCCCCUGGUGUCCAAUGCCAGUGUGGGCUAUCCCUCCCCGGCAAAUGCUGGCUCACCUCCCCAGCGUGCGCCCAGCAACCGCAGCAGGCAGUCCUUCAGUAACUGCCUGCCACCUCUCCCCCAUGGUCGGGAAUCUGUCAGCACGUCCAACGGCCGUGAGGGGUCCAUCCCGGAGGUUCAGAAGCAGCACAACUCGCUGUACAAGGCGCCCUCGGCCGACUGUCGCUACAGGUGCCUGGACCCUAUUCUUCCGUAUCUGAGGGACAUUAUCCCGGCAUCGGUGGCUUGUGACCUCCUCGAUGUCUACCUCACAGAGCCUGGUAGCUCUCUGUUCCGCUGUGCCUCGCCAUAUAUCCUGACUCGUAUAUUCCGCAAGAACUCACUACUACACCCCACGCACCCACGACAGACUACCCCGGCCCUGUUGGCGACGAUGCUCUGGUGUGCUGCUCAGACGGCCGACAUAGUGCUGCUUCACGUGCCGGGAUCCCGAGCUAAAAUAUGCAACGCAUUGUAUGACCUAGCAACCGCUCUGAUAUCGGACAGAGAUCCGGACCGGUGGCGAAGGAUACAUGGCGGCUUGCGGGGCGAGAGCGAUCAGCCACAGACGGGCUAUGAGUACUCGUCAACCCAGCCCCUGCUGACCGCCAAGAACGAGCCCGCCGGGGUCAUCGACGAUGUGCUAACGUUCAUCCUCUUGUCCAUCGCGGUCUCCGGGGGCGAUUUCAAAAGCGACUGCUUCAAGUGGUGGAGCAAGGCGGUCCGGCUGACCCUCUCGCUGGAACUGAACAGGGAGGAUGAGCGUUGUUCGGCCACUGUGUCUCCAUGCGCGAACCCUCUGUGCUCUUGUAAACGCGAACAGGAAGCAUUCUCCUUGCCCGGUAUGGAAGCUAGAGAGGAACGAAGGAGGGUCUUCUGGUUGAUUUACUGCCUCGACCGGCAUUUGGCGUUGUCAUUCAACCGCGUUCUCGACAUCCCGGACUCCUACUGUGAGGUCUAUGCUCCUCUGCCAGAGAACAUCUGGGAGAACCUGGACACCAUAGCACCCAAGGACAUUCCGCCGAGGGUAAUUGGUGCUUCAUCCAUCAUCACCGGGACAGGCUUCUUCGAAUAUUUCCUGCCACUAAUGAGCAUCCUCGGCGACAUAAUCGAAGUACACCAUCGGAGGUUCCACCCUCGCCUAGGCAUAGUCGACGACACACACGCCGUGGCCAUCAUCGGCGACCUCCUCGCGAAUUGCGAAGCCAGCAUCGACAAGCUGCGGCAGGAGAUCGAGAUUGUCGAGUACGCCGCGCCAAUGCCCACGCCGGGGGCCGGGCCCAGCAUCAAGGACCUCAUCUCGGGCUACUCCAACCUCCCGCCCCCAUCCCAGGGGCCCCCACCGACGACCGUGCCUCAGCCGACGGCAGCAGCCACCCGGGCCAAGGACCGCUCGCGGCUGCAGCUGGUGACGGCCUACUCGACGCACAUCCUGCACGUGCUCCACGUGCUCCUCCACGGCAAGUGGGACGCGAUAUCCAUGCUGGACGACGACGACGACUGGAUCACGAGCGCGCGGUUCAACAACUGCGCGUCGCACGCCAUCGCGGCGUCCCAGGCCGUGAGCCAGAUCCUCAAGUUCGACCCGGAGCUGACGUUCAUGCCGUACCUGUUCGGCAUCUACCUGCUCCACGGGAGCUUCAUCCUGCUGCUGUUCGCGGACCGCAUGCCGCGGGUGGGGCCGAACCAGAGCGUGGAGCAGGCUUGCGAGACGAUCAUCAGGGCGCACGAGGUGUGCGUGGUCACGCUGAGCACGGAAUUCCAGAAAAACUUUCGCAAGGUGCUACGGUCGACGCUGUACAGCGUACGUGGGUCGAGCCCCACGGAGUGGGAGGAGCACAAGGCCAGGCGCAGGGCUCUUUCUUUGUAUCGCUGGACGAAAGGAGCCAAAGGGCUGGCGCUCUGA